GUGGAACUUCAAUGGUAAAUUCAGAUAAAUAUUAGUUUUGUUCAUAAAAUUAUUUAUAAAAGAGCGAAAAGAAUUUAUUAAAGAAAAUUUUUUAAACUUGCAAUAUCGUAAAGUAGUAAAUCCAAAAAAAUUAUUAAUUAACCUUUGCGAUGACUCAAUACAAUCCUAAUGAUUAUAAUCAAUGGGGUCAUCAGCCAAUGCAAAAUGAACAAAGUUUUGGUUUUGAGGUCCCAGAUUUCGGUCAGGAAUUAAAUUUUCAAUCAUUUGAUAAUACUCAAACAACUGCACCACCAAAUUAUAAUGGUAAUUAUAAUAUUCCCGGACAAUCGCCUAUGAGCACAUUUUAUGAUCCAAAUGCUUAUGUGACAAACGAUAGAUAUACUGCUGGUGCUGGUGGAGGUACAGAAUUCGAUGAUGAACCACCUCUUUUGGAAGAAUUGGGUAUUAAUCCUAACCAUAUCUUCCAAAAGACUUUGUCAGUCUUAAAUCCAUUUAGAACAACAGAACAAAGUAUAUUACAGGAUACUGAUAUGGCUGGACCAUUAGCUUUUUGUUUAGCAUUAGGAGGAUUCUUAUUAUUGAGCGGGAAAGUAACAUUCUCAUAUAUAUAUGGAAUUGGUACGUUAGGAUCACUAGCAUUUUAUUGUCUAUUAUCAUUGAUGGCAACACAAGCUACUGUUACAUUCGGUGCUGUUGUAUCAGUUCUCGGUUAUUGUCUAUUACCAAUGGUUUUGUUGUCUGGUAUUAAUGUUUUCUUUACAAUUCAGGGACCAUUUGGAUUAAUUUUAACCGGAAUUUCGAUUUUAUGGUGUGCGAUAUCAGCUUCAAAACUUUUUGUCACAGCAUAUUCUAUGGAUCAUCAGCAAGUUUUGGUUGCGUAUCCUUGUGCAUUAUUAUAUGGUGUUUUUGCUUUGAUUACAAUUUUUUAAAAAGCAAAAAUUUUAAUGGAGGAAUAGAAAAAGAAACUUGAGAGAAUAUAAAAACUGAAACAAAAAAAAAAAAAAACAAAUAACGAAGUGAACGAAAUAAAACCGGAAACAAUUUUAGAAAAUAAAUUUACAAAAUUCAAAAAAAGAAAAUUGGUUAAAAAAUACAGAAAAAUUAAAAAAAAAAAUGAAAAUGUAAAUUUGUAAAAAUAAUAAAAAAAAAAAACAAAUGAAAAA